CAGCAGAGUUAGCAGCAGCAGCAGCAGCAGCAGAAUCGGCAGUAGAAGAAGAAACAGCAUCCGCGGACUGCGUUUUAAUCAAUUAAAAGUCGUGCGAGUGAAAAAAUGCAGCCGCUGGCUGCCAGCAGCAGCCGUUACCUCUCAGCUGGUACUGUUUGUGCUUGUACAUUUAGAUGUGGAAGCGGAUACGAACGUGGGUGUCAACCAGUGUCAAUCGAGCAAAUUCUGAACGCAAGCGCAAAACAAACAACUGGCCAAAACUAAUAAUCAAAGCAAAAAUAGCAAAAGCAACAGCAACAAAGUUCAGGGUCAGGGUCAUGGUCAGGCAGCUGUAGGAGUUUAGGUGUUAAAGUUGCUAAACGAAUCACCUGGACACAGGUGACCGCCAUCAGGAAUCGUCGCCAUGUCGACCGAUUCAUCUGCUGAGAGCGACAGCGAAGUCUACGAUCCGCUUGCCGAUGAGCUUCACAAUGUCCAACUGGUGAUCCAUGUGACAAGGGAGAACAUCGAUGCUUUGAAUGCUAAAUUUGCCAAUCUUCAAGAGCCGCCAGCUAUGUACUUAACAGAAUACCAGGAGCUGACGUCCAAGCUGCACGAACUAAAAGCCAAGGAGCAUGAGUUAAUGGAGCAACUGAAUGCCCUGCAACAGGAUGACGAUUCCAAAAGCCAAAGCCAAAGCGAGGCAAAGCAACAACAGCAGCAGCAGCAGCAAUCGAAUACGGAUCGCACCGAUCAGCCGCAUUAUCAAAACCAGACGCAAAUCUUGCAGCAACAGCGUCAGCUGGCCAGACACGCUCACGAGCUGAACGACUCGGGAUCGGGGAGCCAAUGUGGCACUUUAACCCGCCAGCCAAAGGUGCUGCUGCGUGCCCAUUUGCCCAAUCAGCAGCGCACCUCCGUCGAGGUGGUGGCUGGCACUCGUCUGUGCGAUGCGCUGAUGAAGGCGCUAACUCUCCGCCAGCUGGAGCCGUUCAUGUGCGAGGUGAGCACGACGCCGCAUAGCGGCCGACAUAUCAUACCGUGGAACACGGAUAUUGGCACUCUCCAUGUGGAGGAGAUCUACGUGCGGCUGCUGGACAAGUUCCCGUUGGGGCCGCACAUCAAGCAUCAGUUUAUACGCAAAACGUUCUUCUCGAUCGCCUUCUGCGAGGGCUGUCGCCGGCUGCUCUUCACGGGCUUCUACUGCAGCCAGUGCAACUUCCGAUUCCAUCAACGUUGCGCCGGACGGGUGCCCAUGCUCUGCCAGCCCUUCUCCGUGGACAGUUACUAUGAGCGGCUGCUGUCGUCGUAUCCAGAAAAUUCGGUGGGUUUGCCCGUGGGUCGCAGCAAUGCUGUGCGCUUCAAUGGCCGACCACCGCGCAUCAGCCAGGAUGACCGCUCCAACUCGGCGCCCAAUGUCUGCAUCAACAGCAUCCGACCGCUGACCAACGACACGCAGCGCAGCCUCAUCAUGCAAGCCCGGCCCCCUUUGCCGCAUCCGUGCACGGAUCAUUCGAACUCGACGCAGUCGUCGCCCACCAGCACGCUGAAGCAUAAUAGACCCCGUGCCAGGUCCGCAGAUGAGAGCAACAAGAAUCUGCUCUCACGUGAUGCCAAGAACUCGGAGGAGAACUGGAACAUACAAGCAGAGGAGAUCUUGAUCGGGCCGCGCAUCGGCUCGGGCUCGUUUGGAACAGUCUAUCGCGCCCAUUGGCAUGGACCCGUUGCAGUGAAGACGCUCAAGGUGAAGACGCCGAGUCCGGCCCAGCUGCAGGCGUUCAAGAACGAGGUGGCCAUGCUGAAGAAGACGCGCCACUGCAACAUUCUCCUGUUCAUGGGCUGCGUCUCGAAGCCAUCGCUGGCCAUAGUCACCCAGUGGUGUGAGGGCAGCAGCCUCUACAAGCACGUCCACGUCAACGAGACGAAGUUCAAGCUGAACACGCUCAUCGACAUUGGCAGGCAGGUGGCACAGGGCAUGGACUAUCUGCAUGCCAAGAACAUAAUACACAGGGAUCUCAAGACGAACAACAUUUUCCUGCACGAGGAUCUGUCCGUGAAGAUUGGCGAUUUCGGCUUGGCCACCGCCAAGACACGCUGGUCGGGCGAGAAGCAAGCGAAUCAGCCAACGGGCAGCAUUUUGUGGAUGGCGCCAGAGGUGAUACGUAUGCAGGAGCAGAAUCCCUAUUCGUUUCAAUCGGAUGUCUAUGCGUUUGGCAUAGUCAUGUACGAGCUGCUGGCAGAGUGCCUGCCCUACCGCAACAUUAGCAACAAGGAUCAGAUUUUGUUUAUGGUCGGGCGUGGUCUGCUUCAUCCUGAUAUGACCCAAGUGCGAUCAGAUGCACCGCAGGCGCUGAAACGUCUCUCCGAGGAUUGCAUCAAAUACAAUCCCAAGGAGCGUCCACUCUUUCGGCCUCUGCUUAAUAUGCUGGAGAACAUGCUGCGUACAUUACCCAAGAUACAUCGCAGCGCCAGCGAGCCCAACCUAACCCAAUCCCAGCUGCAAAACGACGAUUUUCUCUACAUGUGCCCCAGUCCCAAGACCCCGGUCAACUACAAUAACUUUCAGUUUUACAACAGCGCGGGCAAUAUCUAAAGCCGGCUCAGGGAGUAGCAGAAGGAGACGGAUCUUCUGAACAAGAGGAUGGUGAAGAAGGAUGAGGAGGAAGAGGAGGAGGAGGAGGCUGUACCUGUACUUACUAUGAAUGGAAGGCAUGAAACAAAUGUUUUGGGUCGAGCAGGCCACACUAAACAAGAGAGGAACGAGAGCAGAAAUAAGGAACCUGAACGUGAGCAGGACAAGAGUUUAGCUCUCUCUCCCUCUCUCUCUCUUUCGUUUUCUCUUGUAGCAGCUCUGUUGCUUCACUUUGAGCUCAGCCUGAAGCAACUGAACGAGAGAGAGUUCUGUCAACGGAGUGAGAGCGAGACAAGUGAUUUGCUGUCUUUCUCUCCCCGACAGCUGCUCGGCCUGGAGCAACUUCUAAUGUGCAUUUCUGUUAUCAAUUAAACAAACGCAAAAACAACCACAACUAUUAUUGUAAACUAACUAAAGUGAAACGCGCAUAUGUACAUACAUCUAAAUAUAUAUAUACACAUACAGAGAAACACACGCACACACAUACACGC